AGAAGAGACACUCCAGAGGACCUGAUUCAGGUUAGUCAUUUAGCUCGUUUAAAAGAAGACCUGGUAUAAGACUGACAACGCCAGUACCAGUACGGUGUCCCAGCCUGUGGUCCACUGUGUUCGACCUACUGGACUGACUGGGCUGCAUGAUGCGCGCCUGUGUCGCGCGCUACUGGUGGGCUGUGCUCCGUCACGCGCCGAAGGUGCCAUGAAAUGAAGAAAACUCACUUGCGGAGGGAAGGAGCACUAUUUAUAAGAGCGUGUAUGGGAACAUAGGAGAAAUUGGAUUAAUAGCUUAGGCCUAAGCCUACUCGACUAAAAAUGGCUAAAAACACAUCUCUUUAUUUUAGAAUUGUCGAGGGCAGGAACCUCCCGGCCAAAGACGUCUCCGGAACCAGUGAUCCAUACUGUAUUGUAAAAGUUGACAAUGAAGUUGUGGCCAGGACUGCCACAGUGUGGAAGAACCUCAGUCCUUUCUGGGGUGAGGAGUACACACUGCACCUCCCGAUGGGCUUCCACUCUCUCUCCUUUCAUGUGAUGGACGAGGACACGAUUGGCUAUGAUGAUGUUAUUGGAAAGAUAACUCUAAGCAAAGAAGCCAUUGGCUCUCAAGCUAAAGGACUAGAUUGCUGGCUGAACCUGACGAGGGUCGACCCUGAUGAAGAAGUCCAGGGAGAGAUCCAUCUGAGUCUGGAGCUGCUGAAAGUUCCAGAGAAGAUCAGCCUGCGAUGUCAAGUCAUCGAAGCCAGAGACUUGGCUCCGAGAGACAUUUCUGGAACCUCUGAUCCAUUUACAAGAGUUAUUUUCAACAACCACAGUGCAGAGACCUCGAUUAUCAAGAAGACCCGUUUCCCUCACUGGGCAGAGACCCUGGAGCUGGAGCUAGAUCCAGAGGAGCUGAGUGAGGAGGGGACUGUCACUGUGGAGGUCUGGGACUGGGACAUGGUGGGCAAGAAUGACUUUCUUGGAAAGGUGGAAAUCCCUUUUGCUUGUUUGCACAAGACACCUCCGUUAGAGGGCUGGUUCCGUUUGCUUCCCCUGGGAAACAACGAGGUUGAUGCUGGUGGCAAGCUGGGGGCGCUGCGUCUGAAGGUGCGUUUGGUGGAGGAUCGGAUCUUGCCGUCUGUGUACUAUCAGCCACUCAUUCACCUUCUGGUGGAGUCAGUCAUCUCCCCGACAGAGGUGGAGGAUAGCAGUGCUCUGACCAUGCUGGAGGAGGUGAACACGGUUGAGAGCCGGCAGGAUGUGGCGAUGACCCUGGUGAAGAUCUACCUGGGCCAGGGCCUGGUGGUGCCAUUCCUGGAUUACCUUAACACUCGGGAGGUCAACCACACCACUGAUCCAAACACUUUAUUUCGCUCCAACUCACUUUCCUCCAAGGCUAUGGAACAGUUCAUGAAGGCUGUUGGCAUGCUGUAUCUGCACGAGGUGCUGAAGCCCGUCAUCAACCGCAUCUUUGAUGAGAAGAAGUAUAUUGAGCUGGAUCCAUGUAAGAUCGACCUGAACCGCACAAGGCGAAUUUCAUUUAAGGGUGCAGUGUCAGAGGCAGAGGUGCGGGACAGCAGUGUGGAGAUGCUGCAGAGCUACUUAACCAGCAUCAUUGAAUCAAUUGUGGGCUCAGUCGAUCAGUGUCCUCCUGUCAUGAGAGUGGCCUUCAAGCAGCUACACAAGAGAGUAGAGGAGCAAUUUUCGGAACCUGAGAACGAGGAUGUGAAGUAUCUGGCCAUCAGUGGAUUCUUUUUCCUGCGUUUUUUUGCUCCUGCAAUCCUCACACCUAAACUGUUCCAGCUGAGGGAUCAGCACGCCGAUACGCGUACAAGCAGAACGCUGCUACUGCUGGCAAAGGCAUUGCAAAGUGUCGGGAACUUGGGGCUACAGCUGGGUCACGGAAAGGAGCAGUGGAUGGCGCCUCUUCAUCCCAUCAUCCUACGCAGUGUGGCCUCUGUCAAAGACUUCCUGGACAAGUUGAUCGACAUAGAUCAUGACACUGUGUCUGAGGUGCCACAGAGGGCUGUAUUCAUGCCCUCAGUCACGGUUAAAGAGGGGUACCUCCACAAACACAAGGCAGAGGGACCCCAACUGCUAUCCCGCUUUGCCUUUAAGAAACGCUACUUCUGGCUGACUAGUGAGACGCUGUCCUACGCCAAGACGUCUGAUUGGCAGGUGCGCUCCUCGAUCCCUAUUCAGUGCGUGUGCGCCGUGGAGAGGGUGGAUGAAAAUGCCUUUCAGCAGCAGAACGUAAUGCAGGUCAUCACCCAGGACAACGACGGGCAGCUGCACACCAUGUACAUCCAGUGCAAGAAUGUGAACGAGCUGAACCAGUGGCUGUCGGCUAUCAGGAAAGUCAGCAUCUACAAUGAGCGCAUGCUGCCCUCUUUCCACCCAGGGGCUCAUCGCAGCGGCAAGUGGACCUGCUGCCUGCAGGCGGGCCGUGCUGUUACAGGCUGCAGUAGAACCCACUCAGCUGUGACCCUGGGUGACUGGAGUGACCCGUUGGAUCCCGACGUAGAGACGCAGACCAUUUACAAGCAGCUCCUCCAGGGCAGAGACAAACUCAGAAAAAAAUAUGUGGAGAUGCCAGACGGCGAUCAGACGUCCAGCAAUAAAGAAAAGAUCCACUGUGGCGCUCACCCAGAUGGUGCAGAAUGCAAUGUUCAGCUGUCGAAGCCAGGUCCGAGCGUUGCUGCUCGGCUGUUGGCGGUGAUAGAGGAUCUAGAGCAGGCUCACGCCACUUUCCAGCGCCGAGAAAUAGAGGAAGGCACCAGUGUCAUUCUGAAUCUCUAGACUCGACACAGACUGGGAUCCACUAUUAAUGCCUGAACAGAAGGGGGGGGGGGGAGCCCGGCAUCCUGUACCAACACGAGCGAGCAUCAGAAAGUCACUCUCUCGAUUGUGAGGGAGACAAAGUGGCCACAGGGUGCAACCUCUUCCAACUUUUUAGUACAUUUCCCGCUGUAAAGGGCAGAGGGAAUUCUGCCACUUUGAAUCUUUUUGUAUUCUCUAAAGUGCCACCGACUUCAACAGCGCCAGGGAGAGAUCAUGAUACUUGGCGAUAAAGCGGGGGGCGAGGGACUUUGAAGCACGAUCUGACUUGAUAUUUUUUAUGUAGAUAACAAGCAAUCUCUUGCAUGGCCUGCAUUCAACCACUUGUUGUGAAAUGUGAAAAAAAUAAGCUUUUAUAUUUUGAGAUACUGUACAUGGCCUCAGUCAGGGUCACACAUUUUUAUGCAAAAAGCUUGUUGUAGUGUAAUCUACAGUACCUGAAUGUAAGGUGUUUGGAAAUUGUUUUUAUCAACGUUUUGUAUUUUAUUGAGGCAAUUUUUCCACAUGUAGCAGUGACAUUAAUGUUAUAGGUCAUACCACCAUUAGUUUAUGAAAUGCUGUUGCACAUGCCACAGUAUAACACUGCCUGUACAGUGAGCAAAACUGAAUAUUAUUUUAAUCGUUGCUUUGGUCCCUUUAUACAAAACAAUGUGCUUUUGUUUGGUGCUACGGCCAGUCAACUUAAAUGUUUGGUUCUGAUGUAAUUUGCAUAUUUAAAAUGUCCUUACACUCGAUGUAGCCAUUCCUGAAGUCAUAAGGGUAAUGUUUGAUUUACCUGGUAAUAUAAAGUUCAUACACAUAACUGAGGCAAUAGAACUAACAAUGUUAGGGUUGGUUUUUCAAUUUGAUAAGUUUACAUUUUCUUGAGAUUUUGGGGCCAUUGUAUUUGGCUCACAGAUGUCAGGAUAUGUUUGAGAUGCCAAAUUUGUUUUUUAAAAAUGUAUGUGCUUCAAAAUUCCUUUAAAAAUGUUUUUAAAUGAAUUCUGAAGCACUCAAAUCACGCAAUUUCUUUGACAUAUCUGUGACACACAAACUGUACAUGGACAUGUUGGAAAGCCAUUUCCCGUAGAGCGAGUAGUGUUGCUGUCUUUCCCUUAAUCAGAGAACAGAGAAGUGUAGUCAGCGAGUCAGCGAGUGUAAUGGAGAUCAGAUCUGUGAUCUCCUAGGCCACCCUCCCUCUGGAGCUGUUAACAUAUUACAUUAUAGUUACAGCUACUGUAUCUGUCUUUCUUUUAGAGGAAGGCAUAUAUGUGUGUGGAGGAAACAUUCCUUCUGCUUUUAGAUGUUACGCUAUAGCACACAUGCCAGACGUGACAAUCAAUAUUUUACAUUCUCGACUAAACUAGAGUAAACAUCAGAUGUCGCUUGUGGACUUGAUAUUCCCUGAAUGAGGGCUUUUAUUCUGAAAAAAAGAAAAGAAAAACACUACCGCCUGUACUUUAUUUUGCAAAUACACUAUGAUGGCUUGUUCCAAGUGGAUUGUUACUGUGAACUAAACACAACUGUAUUAUUCAGUAAACUAUUAUUUCAGCAAA